CAGUAUUGGUCCUAAUAUGCAACAAAUCUUUACAAUUUCAAUUUUAGUUGCCACAGUAUUGCACCGUUUAUUGUUUUGAUAAAAUGUUAACAAGUAAUAAAUGUAAUGUGAAAGCAAAUUGUCAUAGUUUUAAAAUUGACCUUUCUAUACAUCUACUUAUAUUUUGUUAAAUUCAAUUAUUAGACAUCUUAAUCCUAAUCUAUAUUUACAAGCUGACUGCAGUGAGCAGAAAACAUUUCCACAUCUUGUCCUGAACAUUAGAACAGGAAAAUAAGUUGUGUACGCUAAUCAAGAUUUGUUCAAAUACUGUAAAUUUGUGUGCUGUGAAUUUAUAUUAUGUAUUUUUCAACCUCUUUUACAAUCCAGCACAAGUGGUUGUUGUAAUUCUAGUUGUUUAUACAUGUUCCUAGAAUUCACAAACAUUUCAAUUUAUCAUUUAUACAUGUUUUUUCUUAAAAAGAGAAGUAUGUUAUACUCUAUUAAAACAUGUAGUUAUCUUUAUAGUUUUCUUUUUAGUUUUUGUCAGUUGUACCAGGUCUACCUAUUAGCUAUUAGACACAAAGAAAAACUAAAGGCACUUGUGUCAUGCUGGCUUUGGACUGUAAAUGUGUGACUGAAUGUUUUUGAUUUUAACUAAAAUAUCAGCAUCUAAAGCUCGUGCUAUUUCUGAAAAUUGUGUAAAGUUUAACUUGUGAGUCAUAAUUGAGGUUAAGCAUUAUGUCCUGGAGAGAAUAGGAGGAAAAAAAGCUAACAUGUUCUGCUUGAAAAACACCUAUUUGCUAUGGGUGUGGACUCAAAGGGAGCGCAGUCCUCACAAAGACACCAGGAACAAACUGAACGAAGAAUCAUGUGAUCUGGAUUUGCAAGUUGCUUUGAAUCAAACACAAACACAAAGCUCCAUAUUUUAUUCUGAUGUUAAAUCCUAAUCCAUAUGGUUAACAAUAUAAUAGUUUUUGUGAGAAUAUAAUAAAGUAAAUCAGCUCAAAAUAAAAGAUCACUUGAUUUAACUUUUACCAUUUUCAAAAUAAAUGCAGUUAUUAAAAAGUACUAACUCUAUGUAUGUCACUUGUUUUAUUAUGGAAACAUUUAAUGAUGUAAUGACGUUUUUUAUUGUUGCAUAAGGUUAAAUUUAAUCUAUGUUUAUCUGUUAAAUUUAACAUCAUAGCAGAAAUAAAAACAUGUAUAUUGAAAAGAAUUAAAGAUAUUUGCUACCAUAUACAUAACAUAUAGUGUUGUUUGGUAAAUGCAAUGGACUUUGUGUAAUGUGAACUUCCUUAUACGAGUCAAAAGCUCAUCUCUGCACCCCUCUGGAUAAGGCAAACAACUGCAAGCUUUGCAAUCCUGCAGUGUAUAAGCUUUUGUACUUCAUAUAAUUAUAGAAAAUAAAAUAUAUAUUAGUUACAAAAAAAACUGUACCUGUAUUUUGAGUUUCUGAUCUUGUAUAGGCUAGCAUUUUGUGUUUACUGAAGAGAAGUCUAAUGUCAAACGAAAUACCAUCAUACCCUGACAAACCAUAAACACAAAACAAGCAGACAUUCUCUUUGUCACCAUCUCUCUGAGCCAACCAGGUGAUUGCAAAUAAUAUUUCCCAAAACAAACUGCUUCUGACAGCAAACAAACACAGAGAUGAGCUCUUCAUCAUACUGGACGCAUAACUGAUUUAAGCUCAAGCUUUUUUGUUAACUUUUCUGAAGAUCAAGGACAUUUUUUUCUUCUGGAAGUGAACUAAUAUAAUUUUGCAACUAGGUUACAGAACCCUUGGAUACGCAACAAUGAUUAAAGGAGUUACGGAGAUAGCUGCAAUGUGUGCUGGCUUGAUCGGCUUGAUCGGUGCAGCAGCUACAACUGGACUGCCAAUGUGGAAGGUGACGGCUUUCAUUGGAGAGAACAUUAUUGUGAUGGAGACCCGUUGGGAAGGUCUGUGGAUGAACUGCUACAGACAGGCCAGCAUUAGGAUGCAGUGCAAAGUGUACGACUCCCUGUUGUACCUCCCGCCUGAGCUGCAGGCUGCCAGGGGUCUGAUGUGCUGUUCCGUGGCCUUGUCCGGCUUGGGGCUCUUGGUGGCUCUAGCAGGGCUGAAAUGUGUAUCCUGUUUUCAGGGUAACAAAUGGGCCAAAACUAUCAUCCUUAUGGUUGCAGGAUCUAUGCAAUUGUUGGCCUGUAUCUGUGUCUUUAUACCUGUAUCGUGGACUGGCCAUGUCAUCAUAAGAGACUUUUACAAUCCUUUACUGAUUGAUGCCCAAAGGAGAGAGCUAGGAGAGGCUCUCUACAUCGGUUGGGUGACUGGUGCCAUCCUGUUUGUCUCAGCCUUGUUGUUUCUCUGCCGACAUAUGCCCCCAGAAAAAGGCUUUUUGGAUGUUUAUCACCCUAUUAAAUUACUUAACUACAAACAAGCGUCCAGCAGCCCAGGCCUGACGAGCUACCAUCCCAUCUCAAGUGUUCCCAGCCUUCAGUCAGCUGUACAUCAAAAUCCUCCACAGAACAAUAACUUUGUUGGACAAGAAGUUGCGAUGCCGUUGCAAAAUGUCCCUUAUGUACUGACAAACAAUGGAGUACCAAUCAAUCCAUCUAUUAUCUACAACCAUGGCCCUCCAGAAAAUGCAUCUUUGAUCUACCAAGGCAGCAAUGCUCACCAAUCUUCUGUAGGGAGUUUCAACCAUGGUGGAAGCAUUUACAAUCCAGCUAACUCGUUGUGUAUAACCCAGAACACCGCUCCGUAUACAAUGUACACUGGAAAUGCCAUUGGAUAUCAGCCUAGCAUGCAUCCCGUCCAACAACCUCCCAUGUUUGUACCAUAUAAUAAAUCAAUAACUUCUUCAGAGUCUUACAGUGGGAGCAGCAGAGGAGUGUACAUAUAGAGACAUUUUCAAACUAAGGUAUUGGUCAGUGGACUGUGAUCUGUUUGAAUAAAAUUUUAAUUAUUAUGUAAAUUCAUGAUGAGUGAUGUUGUUUUCAGGAAACCUUAUGGGGCUAUUUCUCAGAAAUAUGGAAAAGAACCUUUCUAGAAAAAUUGUUCGCAUACAAUUUGCAUCAAUAUAUUUUCAUCACAGCUCAAUUUUUAAGAUUUUAUUCUGUAUUUCGUAUGUAAUAAGUGUGACCAAAAAUGUGUUUGCUAAUCAGUCCUAUGUUAUAUUAAGGCUUUAUUAGUGUGAUAUUCAAAAUCUCAGUUUUCCAGUUGCUUUAAGUUCUCAAUGUUUUUUAGUUUAUAAAAGUCUAAGUCUAACUAUAAUAAUAAAGCACUUGAAUAAGUCAAUUU